CUUCUGGGCGCCUAAUAAACCGGGGGAAGUUCAGUCAUUCCGCAGUCAGCCUCGCCUCGCACUGGGCAUGCUCAGUGGCCCGGCUCCCCUCGGCGGGCGAGUGGUAGCCUUGGGCGCUGGGUUCGGGUCGGCGGCCGCUUCGGCUCGGCUUCCCGGGGCGCGGGCUGGGCUCUGCGGCCCCUGAGCCGGGAGUGAGACGCGCCCCCCGCGGUCCCCGCCCCGGCGCCCGGCCUGCGAGAGCCGCGUCGUUCCGGAACCCGGGAACCCCAACUUCGCGCCAAGUUCGGAGCCGCCUUCUGGGGAGCCAUGCAAAAGAUGAACAGGGACGUUUUGUUAGAAAUGGAGCAGGAGGAGGAGGACGACGAGGAUGGAGAUAUCGAAUUGGAAAACAUUGACCAGAUGAUGGUCUCCAGUUUUGGAACCCUGGAGAAUCAGCAUGAUUGUCCAUCCCCAGAGUUUGAAGAUUUUAAUGGAAAACCUGACUCCCUCUUUUUUAAUGACGGCCACCGAAGAAUUGACUUUGUUCUCGUGUAUGAAGAUGAAAGUAGGAAGAAGGAGACCAACAAAAAGGGUUCAAAUGAAAAACAAAAGAAAAAAAGACAAGCCUAUGAAUCUAACCUCAUCAAUGAUGGCCUGCAGCUGGAAGCCACAAGAUCGGUUUUGGAUGACAAGCUUGUAUUUGUAAAAGUACAUGCCCCAUGGGAGGUACUAUGUACAUAUGCUGAGAUAAUGCACAUCAAAUUGCCUCUGAAACCCAAUGAUCUAAAAACCCGGGCCUCAGCCUUCAGUAAUUUCAACUGGUUUACCAAAGUCCUCCAAGUGGAUGAAAGUAUCAUCAAGCCAGAGCAAGAGUUUUUCACGGCCCCAUUUGAGAAGAACCGGAUGAAUGAUUUUUAUAUCCGUGAUAAAGAUACCUUCUUUAACCCGGCCACCAGAAGCCGCAUUGUUUACUUCAUCCUCUCUCGGAUCAAGUAUCAAGUAAGGGAAAAUGUUAAAAAGUUUGGCAUUAACAAACUUGUCAGCUCUGGGAUCUACAAGGCAGCUUUCCCUCUCCAUGAUUGCAACUUCAGCUGUCCGUCAGAAGAUUUCAACUGCCCGAAUGAACGGUACCUUCUGUACAGAGAAUGGGCUCAUCCUCGAAGCAUAUACAAAAAACAGCCCUUGGAUCUUAUCAGGAAAUAUUAUGGAGAGAAGAUUGGAAUCUAUUUUGCUUGGCUGGGCUAUUACACUCAGAUGCUCCUCCUGGCAGCAGUCGUAGGAGUGGCUUGCUUUCUCUAUGGAUAUGUUAAUCAAAAUAACUGUACAUGGAGCAAAGAAGUUUGUCAUCCUGAUAUUGGCGGCAAGAUCGUUAUGUGUCCUCAAUGUGAUAGGCUUUGUCCAUUCUGGAAACUGAAUAUUACUUGCGAGUCCUCAAAGAAAUUGUGCAUCUUUGACAGUUUUGGAACCCUGGUCUUUGCAGUCUUUAUGGGGGUAUGGGUUACCUUGUUUUUGGAGUUUUGGAAGCGGCGCCAAGCUGAACUUGAGUAUGAAUGGGACACUGUUGAGUUACAGCAGGAAGAACAACCCCGGCCAGAAUACGAGGCACAGUGUACUCACGUGGUGAUAAAUGAGAUUACUCAGGAAGAAGAGCGCGUUCCCUUUACAACCUGGGGAAAAUGUAUACGUAUAGCCCUGUGUGCAAGUGCUGUCUUAUUCUGGAUCCUACUGAUCAUCGCUUCAGUUAUUGGGAUCAUUGUCUACAGGCUAUCAGUGUUCAUUGUAUUUUCUGCAAAACUUCCCAAGAACAUUAAUGGAACAGACCCCAUCCAGAAGUAUCUGACUCCACAUACAGCCACCUCCAUAACUGCUUCCCUCAUCAGCUUUGUGAUCAUCAUGAUUUUGAACAUCAUCUAUGAGAAAGUGGCGAUCAUGAUUACUAAUUUUGAACUCCCAAGGACCCAGACUGAUUAUGAAAAUAGCCUAACGAUGAAGAUGUUCUUAUUCCAGUUUGUCAACUACUACUCUUCGUGUUUCUACAUUGCAUUCUUUAAGGGAAAAUUUGUAGGUUAUCCAGGAGAUCCUGUUUAUUGGCUGGGAAAAUAUAGAAAUGAAGAGUGUGACCCAGGUGGCUGUCUCCUUGAACUGACAACACAGCUGACAAUAAUCAUGGGAGGAAAAGCAAUCUGGAAUAACAUACAAGAGGUGUUAUUUCCGUGGAUCAAGAAUCUGAUUGGACGCUAUGGCACAGUUUCAGGCUCAGAGAAGAUAACCCCACGAUGGGAACAGGACUACCAUCUGCAACUCAUGGGCAGACUGGGAUUGUUUUAUGAAUAUCUCGAAAUGAUUAUUCAGUUUGGGUUCGUCACCUUAUUUGUGGCCUCUUUUCCACUGGCCCCUCUGUUGGCGCUGGUGAACAAUAUAUUGGAAAUAAGAGUGGACGCGUGGAAAAUGACCACCCAGUAUAGACGCAUGGUGCCAGAAAAAGCCCAAGACAUCGGAGCAUGGCAGCCCAUCAUGCAAGGAAUAGCAAUUCUGGCUGUGGUGACCAAUGCCAUGAUCAUUGCUUUCACAUCAGACAUGAUUCCCCGCCUGGUGUACUACUGGUCCUUCUCCGUCCCUCCCUAUGGCGACCACCCCCACUACACCAUGGAGGGAUACAUCAACAAUAGCCUCUCCUUCUUCAACAUCGCAGACUACAAAAACAGAAGCAAAGGAAACCCAUACACUGGGCUUGGUAACCACACCACAUGCAGGUAUCGUGAUUUCCGGUACCCUCCAGGACACCCACAAGAAUAUAAACACAACAUCUACUAUUGGCAUGUGAUUGCAGCCAAGCUGGCUUUUAUCAUUGUCAUGGAGCAUGUCAUCUACUCUGUGAAAUUUUUCAUUUCAUAUGCAAUUCCAGACGUAUCGAAAAGCACGAAGAGCAAGAUCAAGAGAGAAAAAUACCUAACCCAAAAGCUUCUUCAUGAGAAUCACCUCAAAGACAUGACAAAAAAUAUGGGGUUCUUGGCUGAGAGGAUAGUAGAAGCAGUCGAUAACAAUUUACGACCAAAAUUAGAAUAAGAGCUUUAUGUUCUGAGAAGCACUUUAAAGAAUUUUGCUCUGUCAAAAAAUAUUAUGAAUCUCUAAUGAGAAUGUUUAAGUUCAGUCACUUUGGCAAAUAUGAGUCUUUGACUAUUGCCAUUUUCAUGUAGAUUAUUUUUCAGUUUCAGCUAGCGACGCAGGAACUGGAAAAUGUAAAACUUAGAUCAAGAAGGGCAUAAAACUAAUCACCUGGAAAACCUAAAAUGUUACCUUUUUUGAUAAAUUGGAAUUUCAGUAUCACAGAAAAAGUCUCUUAAUGUGCUUUAAAAACACCCCUUCUAAAGCAGAAUGGAUUCUUUUUUUCCCUGUGAUUACUUCAUUCAUUUCUGUUCUCAAACCCAUGAUCUUUAUUUUUAGGUAGUGUUUCAUUUCUACACUUUGCCAGAUUGUUCCAGAGUUAUUCCCUUACAAUGGCAUCAUUAAAGACAAGACAUACUAUCUUUUGCAUGAUUAAAAAUUGCUAACUCAGAAUGCUGUAUUAAGUGGCAAAUAGAGUCAAGAAUUCAUGAUAUUUAGGUAUAUUAUCACAUCCCUACAGAAAAGGAAACCUCAGUUAACGGGAAAUAGUUUCACUCUUAAUUUUGUCCUAUCUUUCCAUCUCAAAGAAAUACUCUUAAUGGAUUGGAAUAAAAAUUGCAAGGUUCUGAAGCAUAUUUGUACUAAUACACAGUGACACCUUUUAUCUUCCAGGAGCAGUCCUAGCAUGUACUGUGCCUAAUCAAUGUUGACUGCUUUGCAACCCUCAAGGGAAUAAGAUUACAAAAGCUGGGAAAGUUAGAUUGAAAUAAACUUGUAACGCCUAUUGAUCAGGUUAAUUAAUUUACCUCUUCUAAAGAGGUGUAGUUUCUUGAAAAAAAUGAAAUCAAAUGAUUAAAAUUACAUUAUCAACAUAAUGGUCUGGAAGAAAUAAGCCCAUCAAUUUCCCACCAGUUGCCCUUUAUUUAUUAGCUGCAGGAGGAACAUA